AUGUACACUCACAAGACCACGGGCUUAAUCCCUCCAAACGGCACUCCGUCAGAACAUAAAAUACUGUGGGCAGGGCCACAGUCUCAGACUGUAGCAGUGCCGCUCGCAUCUCCACCAUCACUGUGGACAAUUUUAAGAACACACUCGAUUCCACAUUUGUUUAGGGUGGCUAAUGAGCCAGAUCGCCGAGGCGCGAGAGUGUGCAAAUUGAUUGUUAGCGGAGGGAGAGGACAGCCGUGGUUGGAGAGAGAGAGAGAGAGAGAGAGACGGGCCGUUCUGUUGCUGUGUGUGGUGUGUGUAUGGAGCCGGCCGGGGUUUGUGGGAGCUCAGUUCCCCAGGGCUUGCUGCACUGUGGAGGGGAUCGUCUCCAAGCAGUGCUGCCCGGCGCUGGGCUCUAAUCCAGCCAACAUGUGUGGGACUUUAUCUGGACGAGGAAACUGCUCCGAUGUCAGAGUGGAUACCAAGCCUUGGGGUGGACCUUACAGACUGAGAAAUGUGGACGAUAGAGAGAGAUGGCCAACAAAAUUUUUCAAUCGUACCUGCCGGUGCAAUGGUAACUUUGCGGGCUAUAACUGUGGGGAGUGUAAGUUCGGCUGGACGGGGCCUAACUGUGACCAGAUGAAGCCCCGUGUGGUGCGGAGGGACAUCCACUCUCUGACCCCUGCUGAGCUGCAGGUCUUCCUGGACGUGCUGGAUCGGGCCAAGACCUCCACACACCCCGACUAUGUCAUCGCCACCCAGCACUGGCUGGGUAUACUGGGGCCCAAUGGCACCGAGCCCCAGUUUGCGGAUAUCUCCAUUUAUGACUUCUUUGUCUGGCAGCAUUAUUACUCGGUCAGAGACACUCUACUAGGACCAGGACGACCAUUCAAAGACAUCGAUUUCUCCCACAAAGGCCCUGCCUUCAUCACCUGGCACAGGUAUCACCUCCUCAGCCUGGAGAGGGAACUACAAAAACUGACAGGGAAUGAAAACUUUGCCGUCCCAUUCUGGAACUUUGCCACUGGGAAGAAAGAAUGUGAUGUGUGCACAGACUCUCUCCUGGGGGGACGUGAUCCUAACGACCCCUCCCUCAUCAGCCCCAACUCCAGAUUCGCCAGAUGGGGAGUGGUCUGUAACAGCCUGGAUGACUACAACCGGCUGGUCACUCUCUGCAACGGCACCAACGAGGGCCCCUUGAGGAGAGGAGUGAUGGAGCGGACCAACCUGACCCUGCCCACCAUGACCGACGUCAGGAGCUGCCUCCGGCUUAGGGACUUUGACAGCCCCCCCUUCUUCACCAACUCCACAUUCAGCUUCAGGAAUGCUCUGGAGGGCUAUGACAUGCCUGACGGAGAGCUGGACAGCUCAGUAGCCAAUCUGCACAACCUGGUCCACUCCUUCCUCAAUGGAACCAGCGGCCUGUCCCAUUCUGCUGCUAAUGACCCUAUCUUCCUGCUGCUCCAUGCGUUCACCGACGCCAUAUUUGAUGAAUGGAUGAGGAAGUUCCCAAGAAACUCCAGCUACCCUGAUGAGAUGGCACCUAUUGGGCACAACAGGCAUUACAACAUGGUGCCAUUCUUCCCCCCGGUCACCAAUGAGGAAAUCUAUGUGGCCUCAGCAGACCUGGGCUACUCCUAUGCUGUGGAACUGGAGGAUGCGGAGGGCACGCCGGUGGUGGUGCUGGGCUCUGCCCUGGGCGGAGUGUUCCUGGGCCUGCUGCUGCUGCUGCUGCUGCUCGGCCUCUACGUCCAGCAGCGGAGGAAGAGAGGCUUUGAGCCCCUCAUCCAGGCCCAGUUCACCAACAAGAAAUACACAGAGGAGGCAUGAGGCCUGCGGCCACCAAAAGGCUCAGACAAGCACCUUGCACAACAUGUAAACAUCAGUCUGGGAGGGCUCCUGUAAGGAUGUUAUGUUGUAAUCAGAUUUCACAGUCUCAGAAAGCUCACCACUUUCUUACUCUAAGAUCCCUGCUGGGAUUCCUUUACAGAUGUACUGUAUGUGAUUAAAUGUAUCUCUUCUGAUAUACUUGAAAAUACAUGUUAUUCAGAAAUGCUUUCUUCUAAAUCAGCACAUUUGCCUUAUAAUGAUAAAAAGCGGACACAUUUUGAAACAUAUUUAUUUGCAAGAAAGAGUUACAAAACCCAAAAUGCAAACCAUUUAAAUGUUUUACAAACAUUGUAAGGCAUAUUUUGUUAGUACGUUCUGUGUGUCAUGUCGGGAAUCAUUUUUGUUAUUGGGACUAUCUUCCAGUUAUCUCACAUAAUUUUCUUUGACAAAUGUAUGUGUGCUUUGGAGCCAAAUCUACUUUAUAUGAAACACCACUGUGUGACUAACUAAAAGCCAAGUUGCUGUGAACACGUUUAACAUCUAAAGUAAUUUUGAAUUUUUGAACACUGUGAUGACUUGAGCUAUUUAGCUGCUCAAUCCAUUCAACCACUAACUCAAUGACAUAGAGUAAAUCCCAAAUAUUAUAAUCAAGUCUGGGGAUUAGAAAAGCAAUAACACUGUUGUCAGAGACCUUGUCAGACCUAUGUCUUAUUGCACAGAAAUAUUCUUAGAUGUCCUUUUGUAUAGAUUUUACUAAUACUUUAUGGAAUGAAAUUCAUUUCACAAAUUCAGGACAUCUGCAUAAAUUUAGAUACAUCAAAUGUCUUGUAAUUUUGCAUUUUUUCCAUAAAUACAUUUAUAAAUAUAAA